CCAAAUUGUCGCAGCGAGGUGACGUCAUUGUGUUUAUGUUGUUAAGCCCAUGUAAGCUAGCCUAGCGAAAAGUGCAUUCGCAUGCGAAUGGUAUGGCAUUUGGGGUCCCUAAUGGAGCAUUAAAACGUUACAAUGGAACGGACUGAGGAGGCAGUAAUGCAUCUAAAGCGACAAGUGGAGGACUCAAGUCUGAGUCCUGCUGACAGAAUCCACCUGCUGAAUGAUACUUUAAAGCAGUUUCUGGACACGGCAACGGCCCAGAAGGAUACCAAUGCACGGACCAGAAUCACGUCUCAUUUGUAUCAGAGUGGAAUCCUAAGCCACUGUAUCACCCUCCUAACGCUGGGUCCCCAAAGGCUGCAAAGCGUCUGGGGAGCUGCCGUCACGCUGGCCUCCCUUACAAGUUCCUGUUGCGUUGGGGUGGAGCCUGGUGAAUUGUCUGAGACUUUUCAUAAGCUAUUCCUACCAUCAGUCAUGGAUGGCGUCCUGUCUUUGGCUAGUCAUCUUGCCAUGCGAGCAGAGUGUGUUUUUCUCUUCAGGAAUGUGAUGGAUUCUGUCAGCUGGCUUCUGAGAGAGCAUGCGCAGCUCACCGCGCAAGUUCUUGGUUCUACCCACUACGAACUCAUCCAGGGCUGCGAUGAGGUCACUGUGUCACUGCUCUGUAUCCACAUGUGGAUCAAUAUAUGUACGGCAAGCAGUGACUUCUUGUCUAGUUUAAGCGACGACGCCAUUCGGCUGCUACUCAAUGAGGCUGUUUGCCAAUUAGCUGUGACCUCUGAUGGGGCGCUGGGCGGAGCAUCUGUCAGACUCAUCCUCCACAUGGCCAAGCAACUGCCGCUUCAGCCCUUCCUCUUCAACUUCAAAGGUUUAGACAGCCUAUUAGACAAAGACUGGCGAGGACGGGGCUUUGACAAGGAAGUUGAUCAGCUGAUUGCAUUUAUCCAGUCCCAGGAAAAAAGUGCUUUGGCUGACCGUGUGAGAGCGGCGUGUGUGAUUCAGGCAGCCUGGAAAUCAUAUGUGACCAGACGUCGAGUCAAGAGUCUUGGCAGAGUGGUUUCUAUGCUGCAGCGUCGCUUCAGGGCUCGCCGACGACAACAACAACAACACAGGGAGGAACAGCGGUUGCAAGAGGAGUUGAAUUAUCAGGUCUGUUUGCAACGGCUACAGGGAAGGACAAAGUUCCACCAAAAACAGAGAGAACUGCUUCAGCUUCUACCGCCUGACCAGGUGCAGCCGUACCUGCUAGAAUGCGAGGUCCGUGCAGCCGUGUUGAUUCAGAGCGCCUGGCGAGGCUUUCUAGCCAGACGAAGCAUUGACGCGCAGCGACCUGCACUGAAACUCGCACGCACACAGCAGGAUGCCGCCAGAACCCUCCAGAGAGCUGUGCGUCACUUUCUCCAAGAGCGUCGGGCAGCUAAAGUCUUGGCCUCCGGACCUUGCUGGAUUGGCCAGAAGGGUUUGACUGAUAGCAAGAGGGCAGUGUUGAAGAGACAGGUGGAGGAAUAUAUCCGUGUCCAUCCCUCAAGCAGCGUGAGUCGUCAGCAAUGUGAACAGCUCCACAUCGACGUGCAGUGGCGGCUACAGGCACUGCUGCAACAGGCGGUGCGACAACAGAGGCAGGAGCAGAAAAUGGACUCACUGUUGGCUCACACUCACACUCAGCUGGAUCUCCUCAAAGAUGCCCCACCACUCUCUGCUGUCACGGCGACCGACAUCAAGUCUUUUCUGAGCCCUUCCGGUACCAUCGCCACUCGUGCCCGUGACGCCCACAAUGCCAGGCUACAGGCCAACAGGCUACCCUGGUGGCGGACGCUGGGGGAGAAGACUGCCGAAUUUAAACCAGAGGAGGAGAUUGAGCUUGGCCUUGGGGGAGUGGACAGCAGAUGAGGAAUUGUCCCAUUGUGUAACCAUCACAGUGGUUUUUGUCAUUGUUUUGUUGCUAUAGUAAAUAAAUGUGCUAUUUUUUUUUA